AAACAAAUUCUAAAUUCUUUUUAAGACCAAGAGCCAAAUCGUUCUUAGCAAUGGUUGUGCCCUCGACGACUUCUCGCGAUGCCGUUUUGGAGUUGAUCAAACAGAAAGACUCCAUCGAGGCCAAAAUCAACGACCAAGGAAAAAUCCUGCAGGCAAAUCGCGUCGGCAUGGACGACCCGCUGGUGGACGGCGACGGUUACCCGCGGAACGACAUCGACGUGCACCAGGUCCGACAGGCUCGCCAUCAAAUCAUCUGCCUCCAGAAUGACCUUAAGGCUCUGAUGAAGCAGAUCGAGCACGGUUUGCACACGGUGCACGGCGAAACGGCCGCCCAGCGGCAGGAACAUCCCGGCUCGACCAAACUGCAGUCGAUACCGCCGUUGGAGGCGGAAAAUGGCGCCGGAGGUAGCCGCCAAGUGGCGGCCACGCGGCCAGUUAAACCGAUCGCCAAAGUGAACGUCGUUAGUGAGGGGUCUCCCGCACAGGAAGCGGGAAUUGCUUUGCGGGAUGAAAUCAUCGAGUUUGGAACGGUUAAUGCAGGAAAUUUUCGCGAUCUGGGACAGAUCGCCGUUGUCGUGCGAAAUUGCGAGAAUAAAACCGUUCCCGUGCGGGUUCGGCGUGACGGCGGAAAGCUGGUCGACUUGGUACUGACACCGAAGAGCUGGUCCGGCCGUGGUCUGCUCGGUUGUAACAUCGUCCCGAUGGAGUAGUAGUGAACCGACUUUCCUUUUCUUUCAUUGUGUAAAUAAAAACAACCAAAUCAUUCUAU